GUGAUUUGCAAGGGGAGAGAAAACGAAGAGGAAGCGAAUGCUAGCUUUAAACACCGUGUAAUUCGAUCUGUCCAUCUAAAAAAUAGCCUUGAAAAUUUCCGCAUUAGUUUCUUUCUGCGCACGCUGUUGCCCAGAGCCUGACAUUCCUCGCUUGCCGCUGCUAUCGACACCAACACAGAUCGUCACCCACACAACCAGGUCAAUAACGAGGGUCAUUAACCAGGACCAAGAAACCACCCCCCCCCCCCAGCUGAAAAUAGACCCUACGGUCAGUAAGGAAGCAGACCAGCUUCCCUACCCCAUGUCCAUCCAGAGCUUAAGUUAAAAGCAAGACUCAAAGUGCUCUUUCAAAGGAGAGCGGCGGUAAACAGGGAGACGUGCGAGGGAGGACGGUCUGUGUCCGGUGAAGUUAGUUCGGAUGCUGAGCUGGUGGCGAUGGAUUGUUUCUCUCCGAUGGUUUCCAACAGUUUAAGACUCGUUUUCACGAAAAAGUACGGGGAAAAAACUCAACUGGUGCCGAAUAACGCGAGCAAUAAGUAUUCCUUAACGCAAGAAAGCUGGUCGCCUCAACUGCCCAGCGCUGGCAUCGAUCCCCCCACCACCUCCCAUUGCCACUACAACAGCAAAGCUCAUGAGGAGAGGCAGAUUGAGCAGAAGCAAGCUCAGAGGAGGCUGACCAUAGCCCUGGUCAUCUGCACCCUCUUCAUGAUUGGAGAGGUGGUUGGUGGAUAUCUAGCAGGGAGCUUGGCUGUAAUGAGUGAUGCAGCACAUCUUCUAGCAGAUGUCACAAGUUUUCUGAUUAGCUUGUGCUCACUGUGGUUAUCUUCAAGACCAGCCACCAAGAAAUUAAACUUUGGAUGGUACAGAGCAGAAAUUCUUGGAGCACUCUUUUCGGUGAUUAUAGUUUGGCUUGUAACAGGAAUCCUGGUCUAUCUUGCCUCUGAACGAUUAAUCCAUGCUGAUUUUGAAAUUAAUGGAUUGGUCAUGGUUAUAACAUCUUCCUGUGCAGUGGCAGCAAACCUAAUAAUGGGUUUUGCACUUCAUCAGCAUGGCCAUGGUCACAGCCAUGAUGCAACUUAUCUUCAAGGUUCAAAGGAAGUUAAUCACGGCCAUCAGCCAAAUGCCAGCCUUCGAGCAGCUUUCAUCCAUGUUGUGGGAGAUUUCUUGCAAAGUGUUAGCGUGUUAAUCAGUGCUAUUGUAAUUCUCUUCAAGCCUGAAUACAAGAUAAUGGACCCUAUAUGCACGUUUAUUUUCUCUGUGUUAGUGUUAGGAACAACUAUCAACAUUCUGCGGGAUAUUUUGUUGGUGCUGAUGGAAGGUACACCUAUUGGACUGAAUUAUAAUGCCGUGAAAGAAAAAAUCCUUGCAGUUAAUGGGGUGAAAACAAUGCACAGCCUUCAUCUCUGGGCUCUGAGCAUGAACCAAGUUGUUCUUUCAGUUCAUGUUGCCAUUGUUGAUACAGUGGAUCCUCAACAAGUUCUGAAGGAAAUUACACUGAUGGUUCACAGCACUUUUAACGUUCACUCUGCCACAAUUCAAGUGGAGCAGCAUUUGGAUCAAGAACCAGAUUGUGCAUACUGCCAGGAACCCAAAGAUUAAAAUCGUAUUAAGUAACUGUACCUUCUUCAUUAGUUUAUCCUAUGUUUAGUAAAGCUAGUUGUACUGACUUUUAGUGUCUCCACUGUCAGUUAACAAACCUCAGCAAAAUCCAAGAAAAUAUAUGUACUGGUUAUCUUGUCUAUAUAAUUAAGAGUCUAGCAAAUAACAUGUUGCAUAUUAAAUCCAUCCAUUUGCAGAAAAAUUGCUUGUAUAAAUUUCCCUCAGCAACUUCUUCUAUAUUGGCUGAAAUUUGUAUCAGUAAAGAUGACACACGAUUGAACAACAACAAUGUUACAUGAAAGGCUGUAGUUUCAACCAAUUACACUGAGUGUUUGCUUAAGAAGUGCUUUCCUCUACAUUUUGAUUUCUGACCCAAAUGAAUGUGUAACGAAACUUGAUUGAGUUUUUCAAAGAUAUUUCUAAGUACAUAGAUGAGGGCAGUGUGGUUGAUGUAGUUUGCAAGGAUGUUAUUAAGGCAUUUGACAAAGUUACACAUGAAGAAGGCUGAUGGAAAAGGUUAGAACCCAUGCGAUCCAAGGUAAAUUGGCAAAUUGGAUUGGUACCAGGAGGCAGAAAGUUAGUACCAGGUUGCUUCUUUGAUUAGAAUAGAAGCCUGUGACCAGUGGUGUACCACAGGGAUCACUAAUUGGACCCUUGCUGCUUUUUUCACAUUCGCUAAUGACUUAGAGGUUAAUACAGGUGGUGUGAUUAGAAAGUUUGCAGAUGACACAAAAGUGAGGAACAUAGUCUCAGGUUACAGAAAAAAGUGAUCAGCUGGUAAGUUAGGCAAAGUCAAAAUCAAAGUGGAGUUUAUUGUCACGUGCACAAGUACACGUGUGCACAGGUGCAAAGAAAAGCUUACUUGCAGCAGCAUCACAGGCACAGAGCAUCAGAUAAGCAGUGUUCACAAGAAAAAACAUAAAUUGCAUACAAUUUUUACAAGAAGAAAACACAAUUAGAACAGAUGGAAUUUAAUGUAGAUAAAUGAAAAGUGAUGCAUUUUUGGAAGUCAGAUAAGGGUAGGACGUACACAAUGAAUGGUGUGAUACUAGGGUGUGUGGAGGAAGAGAGGGACUUUGGUGUGCAGGUCAAAAAGUCCCUGUAGGUGCAGCACAGGUAGAAAGGUUGGUAAAGAGGGCAUAAGGGAUGCUGGCCUUCAUUAGCCAGGGCACAGAACGUAAGGACAGGGAAGUUAUGGUGCAGUUUUAUAAAACAUUGGUGAGGCCACAUGUGGAGUAUUGUGUGCAGUUUUGGUCACCACAGUAUAGAAAGAAUGUGAUUGCUCUGGAGAGGGUGCAGAGGAGAUUUACCAGGAUGUUGCCCGGGAUGGAGUGUCUCAGUAAUGAGGAGAGACUGAACAGGCUGGGUUUGUUUUCCUUGGAGCGGAGAAGGCUGAGGGAGGACCUGAUAGAGGCGUACAAAAUUUUACUGGCCAUAGAAAGGGCAGAUGGUAGUAAACUUCUCCCCGUACCACAGGUGUCUAUAACCAGAGUGCAUGGGUUUAAGGUAAGAUGUGAGAUGCUUAGAGGGCAUAAAGGGAAGAGGUUUUUCACCCAGUGGAGGAGCCAGAGACCCUCACAACAUCUAAAAUGUACCUAGAGGAGUUAUUGAAUCAUGGAAGGUUAUGGGGCAAGGGCUGGUAAAUGGGAUUAGUUUAGAUGGGUACUUGAUGGUCAGCAUGACCAGAGUGGG